GUGCGAGUCUUAAAUGGGGCCCCGCCCACGAGCAAGGCCUGUGAUGGUGAUCCCGACGGCGUGGGGUUCAAGAUGUGGGAGCCGGUGCUGUAUGCUGCUGGGCCGACGCCCUUUGAAGCUUUACGGGUCGUGGCAUUGAUUCUCCAAGAAAAGGUCAAAGACGGCCACUUGUCCCAAAUGCCGCCGCUCAUGCAGGUGAGAUGGGCCAGGGGUAAGACGCCGCAGGAACCUUUGCCAACACCGUGGACGGAAGAAGAGGGUGGAAAACUGGAUUGGCUGAGGCCCUUUGAGUUGCUGCCGCCCACUGGCAGGCGCCAUGUGCUGGCCUCCUUGCGGCGCCAGUCGGCAAACCCCACGUUCUACAACCUCCACUUCUUCGGCGGCCUUGAGCAUUUCCGAGCGGCCUUCAAAGAAGCAGGCAUUUUCCCGCGGCCUUUGCACGGCUACCUCCGUGGGAUUCAGCCGGAUUUUGUAUACGUUCUUCAGAGCCUGCAAUGCAUGGCCGAAGACAAGGCUUUGGUGGACAAAGUAUUGACCAACGUCUUACGAGGCAUUCCAGUCUUGUUUAGCAACGAGGUCGAAGACCCUGAUGACGAAUUCUCAGGCUGGUUGUUGAAGCAACCGACAAUUCGUUUAAACAAGGAGCCCCAACACUAUCGCUUCCACGGCGAUGAUUGA